CCUGUGGCUGAUGGACACAGCUCGGACACUUCGUGAUGUCGAGUUUUGAUUCAAAGUGUGAAAAUGUCAGAUCAGGACUGGGAGACUUUAGCUCACACCAGGAGCCCAAAGACAACAACUAGAACUAAAUUUCAGGAUGAACUUCAGGCGGCCGUUUCUGCCAGAGCAAGCAGGGUCAUAAUGGAUCAAUAUUCUGGCGACUUUGAUGAGGAGGAGGAUGAAUUUUUUAACAAACUACUUAAUUCAAGAAAAAAGAAGGCAAAUGCCUUCAAGACUAGAAAACCCAAGACUGUCAACUUUGAGUUUUCUGAUGAAGAGGACAAACCCGUUACAACAAAAAGAGUUUCAUUUUUAAAAACUCAACGUACCCCUCCAGAAGGCGACCUCACGCAGGAGAAGAAUAAUAAUGAUACAUCACUUAGCCAGUCUGUGGAUUGUAGCGGCGACAAUAGCUUCUCAAAGCAAAGAAGUGAUAUAGAGUCAAGUCAAUCUCAAGACACACCAGAAAACACAAACAGAUCUGCAUCACCUCUGUCAGCGGACGCUUUACAGGACACACCUCCACUGUUACCACCUGAGGUCUGUCAGGAUGCAGCACCGCAGGCUGAAGGACCGAAAAAGGAGCAGCCCACACCCAAACCACGGCAAAGGUUUAUGCCAGUGCCUAAUGACCCACAAGAUCAGCAGCGUAAUGAGCCGUCAAAUCAACACAAUGCUUCCAGCUCCAGUCCAAAUCUUUCUGAAGAAACACAUGCGGCUCUCAGUAGCAGAAGUCAGUCCUUGUCCAGUGCGGGAGAACUCACUAAGUCUACACCAGAUUCAGGAUCCAAAAAUGGUUUUAAUUCACAAGAUGGCGAGAAUCAUUGUGUUUCAUUUGAAGAACUUGCCUUAAGUCAACCACAGCCUUCAUCUGGAAACUCCUUGGAUCAGACAGACUGUCCUACUAAUGCUUACUCUGAUAUCCCUGACGACCCAAGUGAUACAAUAUCAGCUUCUCGUGCUAAAAGCCCUCGGAGUGGGAGUGCCAAGAAAGUGGAGUCUAAAUACCUGGGGUCCCUCCGAGUUCUGGAUCGUACUUUUUCUCUUCACGACACCGAAACACAAGCAGAUUCACUACGAGCUGCAGUUUAUCAGGAAUGGGUUAAGAAGAAAAAAACAAGUUUGAAGCAAAGUAUAGAAAUAAAGAAGACAGAGGAACGUGUGAAAGUAAAAAAGAAGGAGGAACAAGAAGCCCAAAGGGAACAUGCCAUUGCCUGCUAUGAAGCCUGGAAAGAAAAGAAAUCAGAAAGUCUCAAAGUAAAAACCAAAGAACAACAGGAACGGAUUAGAAAGGAGCAAAGAGCCAGAGAAGAGAAAGAGGAAAAAAGCCAGGCGUCCAAACAGGUAUUUGAGAAGUGGAAACAUCAACGUGAUCUUCUCCUCAAAGAAAAACACAGAAAAGCAAGAAAACAUGAGACGGAAGAAAAAUUACAAAAACAAGAAAAGGAAGAGGAAAGAAAAAAAGCCAAUUAUUCUGCCUUCACAGAGUGGAACGAAAAAAAGAAAAACGUCCUUCAUGAAAGAGCCGCUGUAACAAGAAAAGAACUCGAAGAAAACGCCAAAGCUGAACGCUGUUUAAAAGAAGAGAAAGAUAAAAUGGCUUUGGACAUGUACGAGAGCUGGUUGAAAAGGAAGAAUAUUGAAAAGAAACGACACAAAGAAGAAAAGUGGUUUCAAGGAAUUCUUCAUGAUGGCAGUACCCCUCCUCCAUGGAGCCCCCCAAAUAAAACAAUACCACGUGGAAAAUAACUACACUUUAUGCUCAAAUAUAUUUGUAUAUAUUUAUUUAAAGUUUUAUUUUUUU